UAAUAAUGUGUUACAGAACACUCUCACCUAGAUAAGGUAAAAGAAGGAAAAUAUUAAAUUAAGUUCCGCGAAAUGAAAAAUAAAUAUACAGACGCGCUUUUAUCGAAAAGUUGUCAAAAACUCAUAUUGGAACAAUUUCAAAAGUUAACUUGUACGGUAUCUGUUCUGUUUUGGAAAUUGAUUUGUUAUGGAUAUAUUUAUCAAGUUUUGUACAUUGUUUUUGUUUUUGAUGGCAUUUUCCAAAGGUGAACUAACUGGUGGAAUUCUUAUACAGCCAGAAAUAAACGACGACGUAGAAAAUAGUUCUGUCUCCUUCAGAUGCAUGCUGCACAGCACAAAUGUUUCAAUUGUAUCAUGGAUACCGGGAGGCUUGGGAUAUAUCUGUAGUUAUAAUCAAACUUGUGACAUUGUCUUAUCAAAUUCGAAAAAUUGGAGAUACACUUGUACAUGUCAAAAUAUUAAACAGGACAAACUCUCUGUUGAACUUCAAAUUCACAAUAUAACAGAAAAAGAUCAUAAUACUAACAUGACUUGUGAGGCUACUUUAAAAUAUAAAUUUCUUAGAGCGAGCGCAUUGCUCUUAGUAAAAGUUCCUGUCAAAUCAGUCGAAGUAAUGCCAGCUGUAAAAAUGGUACAAAUAUCAGAAAAUUCGAGCUUUGAAUUUACAUGUACGACUUCUAUGAGUCGCCCUGUUCCUAAAAUACAAUGGCUCAUUGCGAAAGAAAAAGAUGAUGACAAUUAUGUAAUCUUAGAGGGAAAACGUGCCAAUCCAAACACCACAGUUAAAGAAUUGUCGUAUGCAAACAGCACAUUACUAUAUAUGCCAAAUAGAACAGUAAAUGGCUGGAUGAUAUUCUGCUCAGUAGAAGAGGCAGAUGAACAGAGUAAAGUACAAUCUAGUGCAAUUAAAUUGAAUAUCACAUACCCGCCAGAGUCGCGAUUAAUGAUAAAUGGAAUGUCCACUGAGGGCGUAUAUAAGGUAAUAGAAAAUAGCACUGGAAUAUUGAACUGUACAGUUGAAGGAGGAAAUCCACAACCAAUGAUCUCAUGGACAAAAUGCGUUGAAACGGAACAACGUACUGCAAACUAUGCAAAUGAAUUAACGGAAAUAUACUCAGAGAUAUUAAGAUGGAAAGCCAAAUCUUAUACAGAUACGAAAUGUACAUGUUUUUGCACGCAUAUGGAGCAAAAUCAGUCGUUGGCCAUCGAUGUUGAAAUUCUCUAUCCACCCAGUCUUCCAACAAUAUCAUUUGGUAACCAAAUCAUUACAAAUAACAUUUCGGUUUUAAUAAAUACAUUGCUGUCAUUAAAUUGUACCAGUGAUAGUGAACCUGCUGCCACAUACCAAUGGCUGUUUAACAAUGUUUACAUGUUGGACGAGCAACCUUAUGUGAUACAAUCAUACAAAUCAGAUCAUGGAAAUUACACAUGCUUAGCAACAACAAUAAUGGACCCAACACAUGCAGAGAAACAAAGUGUUACCAUGAAUACAUCUUUUCAGCUACAGGUUCUGUACCCGCCAACAAUCGAAAUGAUAAAAGACCCGAAUAUACUUGAAGGAUCCACAUUAAAUUUGACAUGUCCAGUGAUCUUUGGAAAUCCAAGUGACACACAAAUAGAAUGGACAGCAAGUGAUGGAGGAGAGCAGUGGUCAUCUAAGUUUUUCGUGAUAUCAAAUGUUUCAAGACAACAUGAUGGAGAAUAUAAAUGCACUGUGAACAAUACUAUGUUUCCAACAUUUGGUCCAGAAAAGUCAGGAAAGAACAGUAGAAGUUUCCAUUUAAAUGUUGAGUACAAAGCAACAAUCAAAUCAUUUUAUGUGGAUGGAUAUGAACAGCAGACAAACGUGACGGUUCACGAAAGAGACACUCUUAUUUUCCGAUGUCAGGUUGAAGGUAAACCUGUUUCAACAACCUCUAUUCACUUUCAAACUGGACACAAAUUAGAAACAUUUCAAUCAAAUGAUGUUUUGUACAAAAUAGUUUCUAUUACUUGUCAACAAACAGGAACAUAUGUUUGUAGUGGAAGAAAUAAGCAUAACGCCGAACAAGUUUCUAAACAGACUUUGCACGUUUUCACAUAUUGCUCGCCGAGGACGGAUCCUAGAUAUCCUGUUAAAGAGAGGAUAACUGUUUCUUUAUACACAACUGCUUCUCUUAAUUUCACUGCACUUGCCUAUCCUACACCAAAGAUUGUUUUAUGGCAGAAACGUAAUGGUCAUGUCUGGAUAGACGUUAAUACGACCAACAAUACAAAUACUCAUCAGUCAGGCUUGAACUUUAGUCUGACUAUUUACAACAUGUUGGAGGAAAACUUUGGAAUGUAUAGGUUGAUACUUAAGAACGAAAUAGGGACGUACGAACAAAUGUUCUACAUAAAUGCUGAAGAAAAUGAACACAUCAAACUUUCGAACGUGGAUAGCUUCAUUGCUGUUGGAGGUGGAACAUUUGCUGCUACUGUGCUACUUUUCAGUUGAGCAAUUAUUGUCUUAAAAUAUUUGAGG